UAAUACGAUAUAAUAUUCAUAAUACAAUAUAAUAAUAUUAAUUAUAUAUUAUAUUUUACAUGUAAUAUUACUAAUAAUGUUUUAAUGGAUUACAGUGUUUUAUCAGUAUUAUUAGUAAUAUUAUUUUGAUAGACUACAAUGUUAUUAUUAUUAUUAUGAUUAAUAAUAAUAAUAUGGCCGUCAUCAGGGGGAUAUUACUCAUUUUAAAGGGAAUCCAAUGACAACAAGGGCCUGGAAAUGUUUUAUUGGGUUACAAUACUUAUUCUUUUAAUGGAUUAUAAUAUUAUUCUUUAUUGUUGUCAUUAUGAAUAAUAUUAUGGUAGUACUAUAUUAUUAAUAUGGCUGUCAUCAGGAGGGAGACCCAGACUAUUCCUGAUUCUAAAGGGGUCGGAUUACAUUGUUUUAUCAGUAUUAUUAGUAUUAUUAUUUUGAAAGACUACAAUAUUAUUAUCAUCAUCAUCAGGGAGGAUAUUUCUCAUUCUAAAGGGAAUCCAAUGACAUCAAGGGCCUGGAAAUGUUUUAUUGGAUGACAAUACUUAUUAUUUUUAUUAUUUAUUGGAUUAGAUUAUUAUUAUUAUUAUUGUAUUAUUAAUAUGGCUGUCACCAGAAGGGAUACGCAUAUUAUUCCUGAAUCUAAAGGGGGAAAUCCCAAUCUUUUUCAAUAACCUGGAAAUGCCAUGUUUUAAUGAAUUAAAAUAAUAUGCUUUAUUAUAAUUAUGAAUAUUACAAUAUGUAUUAAUAUGGUAGUAUUAUUAAUAUGGCAGUUAUCAGCAUACCCAGAUUAUUCGUGAUUCUAAAGGGGGGGGAUUCCAUCCUAUUUCAAUGGCCUGCAAAUGUUUUAAUGGAUUUCAAUAAUAUUCUUUUAUAUAUAGAUUAUCCCAUAAUGUUUCAAUGGCCUGGAAAAGCUGUAUGUGUAUGGAUUAAGAUAAUAUUCUUUAUUAUUAAUAAUAAUAAUAUGGUAGUACUAUUAAUAUGGUGGUUGUCAGGGGGAUCUCAUUGUUAUUCAGAGGACAGUAAAAGGGGGUUCCUAUUGUUUUAAUUGAUUGAAAUAAUAGUGUCUAUUAUUUAUUAUUAUUAAUAUUGGAGUAUUAUUAAUGUGACAGUCAGGAGGUUUUCAUGAUUUUUCAGGGGACAGUACAAAGGGGAGGGUUCCCCAUAAUAUUUCAGUGGCCUGGAAAUGCCAUGUUUUAAUGAUCUAAAAUAUUUACUAUUAUUAAUAUUAGUAUUACUAUUAUUAUUAUGGAAAGGGGGUUGAAUAGAAAAAGGCAGAAUCCCAUAAUAUUUCAAUAGCUAGAAAAAAGAGGGAAUGGAAUAGAAAAGUGUAUUAUAGUAUUAUUAUAGUAUUAUUAAUAUUGCGGUCGUCAGGAAGAAUAUCCAAAUUAUUUGUGCUUAGAAAGGGGAAAAGUCCGUCAUAUUUCAAUGGCCUGGAAAUGCCAUAUUUUAAUGGGUGGGGAUCCCAUAUUUCAGUAGCUAGGAAAAGAGAGGAAAUAAUAGAAAAGGAAAGAGGAACCUCAUGUGUGUAUUAAUAAUAAUAAUAUAUUUAUGAUUAAUACUUUCCUUAUCCAUAUUAAUACUAAGAUACUAUUAUUAAUAUGGCAGUUGUUACAUUAAAAUAUGACAUUAUUAAUAUGACAAUCAUCGAGGGAUCUCAGGAUUAUUCAGGGGACAUUAAAGGGGGAAUUGUAAUGGUAAUGGAUUAAAGUAACAUUAUUUGUUCAUUAUUAAUAUUAAUAUUAUUUUAUGAAUGUGGCAGUUGUCAAGGGGCUCUCAUAAUUGUUCAGAGGAUAGUAAUGGGGGUCCCAUUGUAUUUCAAUGGAUUAAAAUAUAUUAAAUUAUUGUUGUUGUUGUUAAUAUUGUAGUAUUACUAUGUCCACCCUCCUCUCCAAUUUGGUUUCACAUUUCCAUGUUGCAAGAUGUACCUGAAUGCAAUUGGUGAUGAAAUUUGCUAAAGGACUGUGUGGUAGGACAUUGUCAUUUUGUUAUCGAAAUUCAGCAUUUAGCCAAGUCAUUAAAAUACCUAAAACAUUGGGAAAAGAUUCAUAGCUGGCCUGUGAGUUAUUAUUGACCUUCUUUGGUGAGGAGAGCUGCUGUUUUUCUGUUUCAUUUUCCAAGGGAAGAUCCUACUUUCAUUUCCUCUUUGUCUCCUCCUCCUUUUCCCACGCUUUCUAGCCUAGACAGGACAAGGAGAGAUGGGAGAAAGAAGAGCUCCUCAGAGAGUGCACAUGUCUUUUGCAUGAUCUCUUUUGACUUCACAUGCUUACUUACAUGUGCAUGGCAGUGUUGAAAUUGGGUCAGCUCCCGUCUUCCCUCACCUCCCUCACUUUCCUCUUGUUUUGGGGAAGAUGAGAUUCUUCCCUGGGUUACAGUUGGGAUGGUACCCCCUCUCUCCAGAAUCUUCUGAUUCCAAUCCCAGUGAUUGAGUUACUCACCCCAAAAGGAAUAGGAGGAAGUACUCCUUGCUUUAACCCAGCUUUUUCUUCGAUGAGGAUCCCCUUUUAAAUACCUUUGUGAUUGUGGACUCCCAAGACUUAACUCAAAAUUUAAGGCACUAGACUGCAUCAAAUAAUUAUUUCAUUUUUCUUUUAAAGUUCUUUCAGAUUUAGAGAGAAUAUGCUAAUGAACACACACCUAUUAUGAUACGUUUGAUUGUAAUGAUUCCAUAUGAAUUUAAAAUAAUAAUAUUAACACUAAUAACACUGUGACACAAAAUUUGGAAAAUGCUCUGUUCCUGGUUUGAAAGUGUUAUUUCCUGUUUAAUUGUGUUGUCCUUCCUUUGAAAGUUGUUGUUCUAAUCCACAAACUUUGUUUUUGUGGCUGCCACAAACUAGGUUGAAUGGAUUGAGACUCGAUAAGAUAGUCAUUGAAAACUAUAGGAUAUUCUUCCCACAUAACAUAGGUUUUGCAUCUUAAUAAACUUUCUCCACAUUUCUAUGAUAAACCCAGUUAGGAAAUGACAUUUAUAACUUAGGGGGGAAAACCCUGUAUGUAAGGGCUCCUAGGGCCAUUCAGUCCAAUCCCAUUCUGCCCUGAAGGAAUACACAACGCAAAGCAUUCCCAACACUUGUUUUAAAACCUCAAAACCAUGCAAACAUGAUGGAAAUUGCAAUCCAGAAUGUCUACAGGGCACCUGGUUGUGUAAGGCUGUUCUAGACAGUGCUUGCCCUCUCCGCAUCAUGUGUUUCAUGGGUGUGCAACAAGAGGAAGAUCUCUUUGCUGUCCCUCUUCUUCAGUCUGCAGGACUCCACCAGGAUUUGGGCCUCGCAGCAGCAGGACCGGCUUGUCAAGGAAGUUGUCAAGAGAGAGGCAGGCUGGGGCGGGAAGCUUUCAUCUGGUCUGUCUGGAAGAGCAGGAGACUUUGUCCAUUCAAAGAGAGAAAGUGCAGAAGCGCUUCAUGGAGGAGCACACGGUGACCCAGACGGAGCACAUGGCCACCAUCGAGGCCCACGCGGUGGCCCAGCAGGUGCAGCAGGUCCACGUGGCCACCUACACCGAGCACAGCAUGCUCAGCGCCGACGAAGACUCCCCCUCUUCCCCCGAGGACACCUCCUACGAUGACUCCGACAUCCUCAACUCCACAGCCACCGAUGAGGUGACCGCCCACCUGGCCGCUGCAGGCCCAGUGGGCAUGGCUGCAGCUGCAGCAGUGGCAACCGGUAAAAAAAGGAAACGUCCUCACGUCUUUGAGUCCAACCCUUCCAUCCGCAAGAGGCAGCAGACGCGGUUGUUACGGAAGCUGCGUGCCACGCUGGACGAAUACACCACUCGCGUUGGGCAGCAGGCCAUCGUCCUGUGCAUCUCACCCUCCAAACCCAACCCUGUCUUUAAAGUCUUUGGGGCAGCACCUCUGGAGAAUGUGGUGCGCAAGUACAAGAGCAUGAUCCUGGAAGACCUGGAGUCGGCGCUGUUGGAACAUGCCCCUGCGCCACAGGAGGUUAACUCAGAGCUGCCGCCUUUAACCAUCGACGGGAUCCCAGUCUCGGUGGACAAGAUGACCCAAGCGCAGCUGCGGGCCUUCAUCCCCGAGAUGCUGAAGUACUCCACGGGCCGCGGGAAGCCCGGCUGGGGCAAGGAGAGCUGCAAGCCGGUCUGGUGGCCAGAAGACAUCCCCUGGGCCAACGUCCGCAGCGACGUCCGGACCGAGGAGCAGAAGCAGAGGGUGUGUGUUGAGUGCCCUCUUGCGCCUGCAAAGGGCUCCUCCUUGGUCUCUUGGACUCAGGCCUUGCGGACGAUCGUGAAGAACUGCUAUAAGCAGCACGGCCGCGAGGACCUGCUCUACGCUUUUGAGGACCAGCAGACCCAGCCCACGGCAGCGACCCACAGCAUCGCACACCUGGUGCCUUCGCAGACCGUGGUCCAGACCUUCAGCAACCCAGACGGCACCGUCUCUCUCAUCCAGGUCGGCACCGGAGCAACGGUGGCCACCUUGGCCGACGCUUCGGAGUUGCCCACCACAGUCACAGUCGCACAGGUCAACUACUCUGCUGUCACCGACGGAGAGGUGGAGCAGAAUUGGGCGACGCUGCAAGGAGGGGAGAUGACCAUCCAGACGACACAGGCCUCUGAAGCCACGCAGGCAGUGGCCUCCCUGGCAGAGGCGGCCGUGGCGGCGUCCCAGGAAAUGCAGCAAGGGGCCACGGUCACAAUGGCGCUCAACAGUGAAGCCGCUGCCCAUGCCGUAGCCACUCUGGCGGAGGCCACCCUUCAAGGCGGAGGCCAGAUCGUCUUGUCCGGCGAGACCGCGGCAGCCGUCGGCGCGCUCACUGGGGUCCAAGAUGCGAACGGUAGGCAGACACAGAUAGGCCUGGUCCAGAUCCCGGUCAGCAUGUACCAGACGGUGGUGACCAGCCUGGCGCAGGGCAACGGCCCGGUGCAGGUGGCCAUGGCGCCCGUCUCGGCCCGGAUCACGGACAGCACGGUCACCGUGGAUGGCCAGGCGGUGGAAGUGGUGACGCUGGAGCAGUGAGCGCUGCACCGAUGAAGGAAGGAAGGAAGGAAGGAAGGAGGGAGCAGGUUGCAGCAACGGAGGCGGCGAUGGAUUCUUCCUUCUUCCAUCCCUCCUUCUCUCUCUUUUUGCGGAAAUCAUUUCCUCUUCGCCUCUCGGGAGACGCAAACAGGUGGCAUCUUGAGUCUCGCAGCUUCGGAAUCAGCAGCAAAAGGAAAAGAAAAGGUUUCGAUAACCACACAAUGGUUGGGGCUUAAAACAGUGUGCAAAAGGAUGGAAGGAGGCCACUUCUUGGUCCAGGAGGCCUCAGAAGCUCCAUCCGGCCAAGCCAAGCUUUCCUCUCCCGCCUUGCAUGGACCGCUCUCGAUGAAAGCCCUGGCGAAGGGACAACACGUGGAUUUUCCUUCCCUUCUGGGGACCAUUGACUUUCCGUUGCCCCGCUCCUGCAGAGAGAGAGCCACCCACAGAACCCGGCCGGUCUGCCGUCUUCCUCGAGGCAAGAAUUAGGUGUCAUUUUAACGUGGACGUUUAUUUUUUUUCCUUCUUUAAAAAAAGAGACCAUUUGGGAAUACAUUUUCCUUUUUGGUUUUGCGUUUGAAAGCGUAAGAAUCUCCUGGAGACCGUGAUUUGUGGAUCCUUCCGAGUCCCGUUGGAUCAGAUCCGGCUCCUCCGUUUCCUUCCUUUUUUAUUCAAAGUCCGUGCUUGAAACCUGCCCGCAAACGCUUCUCUCUCUCCCUCCUCCACCGGAACCGAUAUUUGCUUGCCUUUUAAAGAACCUUUUCCCUUCGAGAAAGAAAUACUGCAAAGCAUGAGACGGAAAACUGCAGCGAAAGGGUACGACUGGCGUUUCCAUGCGCCUCGAUGGAUCCGGGCGGCCGAAGCGUUGGCCGAGGGCUCUUCUGGAUGACCUUCACGCCUCCUCUUCUUCUGGGACUCUUCCAGGCACUUCUCGGUUUGUGAAACUUCAGUUCCAGGCACUUCUUACUCCACAAAAAGAGGAAUUCUCACCUCGUGUCCCCCGUUUUCCUUCUCCAAAGCUUUUUCUAUCACACCUUUUUUCACAGACGAGCCCAAGCUUUCCUCUUCCUUCUCUGUUUCUAUCCUCCUUUUCAAGUAUUUAAUUUCACUGUUGUUUCACUUCACACACAAAGACCAUUUCCAGUAUCUCCCUGCAUCCAUCCCAGCCUCCGAAGCUUGCUUUUCUUCCCCAAGAGUUGUGCAUUUACUUGGCUUCCUUUUAUAAACAUUUCCCUCCCACGGACUUAGACUGAAGGAAUGGGGUCCUCUCUUCCCACCCUCCCCAAGAUUUUCAACUUACUUUCUUUCAUUUUUAAUUUUAAAUAUAUAUAUAUCUAUUUUUCAAAAGGAAUUGUUGUCGUGAAGAUGUCAGGUGUGGCUUUCAAGUCAGUGUCCCCCCCCCCCCCCCCGUCCCCCCUUUUCUUUAUUUUUUGGGCAAAUGGAAUAACGUUCGGAUAGACUGAGGAAUGAUUCCCCCGCGACCCAAAGAGAAGUCACCCUUGUUCUACCAAUGCCACCCCCCACCCCAUCCUGUAGCAGCAGAGCAUGGAAACCCCCCUCGUUCCCCCCGUAUUCUGUCUUAUUGCCUCAUUCAAUAAAUUGUUACAGAUGUG